GUUGGCUGGCGUGGAUGCGCGCGCGUGUUUCACGAUUCACUGUGCGCGGAAAAUCGUGUCUGCUGUGUGAUCCCCACUCGUUUUUAUUGGGAUAGGAUUAGUAGCGAGCCCGAUUGGAUCAGUGCGAUUGCAGUGCUUACAGCAAGCCUAAUUUUCAUCCAGCCACACGCGUGGAAAAGCUUCAGUCCCCCGCCCCGUCUAAACAGUGCGUGUGUGUGAGCUUCGCAUGUAGCGGAAAAGUGCGUGCACGAUAAACAUAAUCAACAGAAGCUGUAUGAAGCAGCUAGUCGAAGCGAAUUGAACGCGCCCAGGCCGUGCGUAAAUUCUUAGUGGAAAAGCGGGACUAGGGCAGGAUUGGAGUGAAACGUAAAUAAUACUGUUUUAUAUUGACGAGUGAAUUUUUUGGGAAACUUGGCAAGUGUAUGGUUUGGGAGGCAAGCAGCCAGCAGCAGUGCGUGCGUGCGCGUGUGUGUAUGCGUGUGUGACAGGCGCAGGGAGUCUUCCUGUUGAUUGAUUGCUCAACUCUCGCUGCAUACAGUGUGAACCUCAGUGACCAUUGAAUGCAGGGCAACCACCAGUGACAACGUGAUCGAAAUAUCGUAUUUUCCCAGAGUCUGAGCUGCUGAGGCUGAUGCAGCUGAUAUGAAUUGCGCCUUUUGUUCGUACACACUAUCUGCAUGUGUCAUUGUGGAAUUUAAUAAUUAUCACUGCGUGUAAAUUGCUGGAAUUGUUCUAGUGGACGGGCGAGGCCAGAUCUAGCCACCGUUCAGCACACCAUCAGACCGGAUUUGUUCACCACAAGUGCGUUCGCGUGUGUGUGAGUUUGUAUGUGUCAUUGUGCUCCCAAGAGUGUUCGUGAGUUAAAGGAUAAUACCAAGUGGGUAUCGUUUACCAUUUUUUAAAAAGUGUUUUAACCAAUUUCCACUACUCCAACUACCCCAAUAACAAAGAGCAGUGGUAAACAAAACGUGAACAAAAUACUGUGUGCGGGCAAUUGCAUCGAUAUAUUGCGUCGGCUGUUUGCGUGAAGCGGAGCGCAACUGAUUUCGCGGGAGUGAUUUAGAAUCAUACGCGCCCGCGCGUGUUUGUGUGUGUAUCAAAGGCAGGCGCCUAGCUCACACGGUUGAACAUUCGGACCGAAUUGCCGGCACUGGGAGACAGAACAAGAGGAAACAAUUUGUUUCACUGAAUGAGCAACACAAUUUUGUGUGUAUAAAUUACAACCCCAAAUCAUCAGCAGCUCGCGGUGGCACCAUCCCCACACCACCGCCCUAGGGGGCAAGACGGAUCAGUGCAGUGCAGUGCGAGCGAAGGAAGAAAAGCGAAGUCAACCCAACAACAGCACGCGAACUUGUACGCGCGCGCUCGCAUUGCAUCGCAAGCAAAGCGGAAUGAUAUUCAUCGUUCACCGUUGCCCUCGCACAGAUGACGAAUGAACAAAGGAGAGCAGCGUGAUAAAUAAGAGUAUUGCUCCGCGGGUAGUACUGCACGUCGUGACCACCAUCCGAUCGGUGGCGGCGGCGGAGCGUCGACGAAUCGACGAAUCGGAUUUUCGCUCCCCAGCGAGUUUCGCUCGUACUUGCCCUGCGAUAUCCACCAUUUUGUGUCGUGUGUGUGUGUGUGCAUGUCGUCCGUUGUACCGGUGGAUCGCAGCAAGACAUGCUUGGGCCGUGCUGGUACCGAAAUGAGGAGCGAAUAGACGGCAACGGUUCGCUGUGGACGAGAAACUGGUAAUAUCGCCGCGCAGCACAGCGAGGGAUGAAAAUGUCACAGCACGACGAAGCUGUUGCCAACUGAUUGUGAGUGUGUGUAUGCGUGUGAAGACAACUGCAAACGGAAUAAAAGAACCUCGAGGGCCUACAGUUUCGAAACGGUUUCAGUGAGAGUGAGCUGUGUACUAGUGUUAGAGUGUUUGGGUGGUUAUACAAGGUCAGAUUGUGCGUAGAAUAAGAAGCUAAAACAGCGCUAACCAGCCAUCAUGGAUAUGACGUCGGCAGCCGAGGCACGCAGCUGGUACGAUAACCAGCGGCUCGGUGGAUCACCGGGUACAUCGGCCGCCCUGGGCCAUCAGACGGCUGCGGUCGAUCCGUCCGAGAUGAACCCAUUCUACCCGCUGGAAAAUGGCUCCCAUCGACGCUACUACCCAACAAGCUACGGACCACACGCAUCCCGCAUGACCUCGUCGCACGUGUCACCACAAGUCUGCCGGCCACACUUUCACGGACCACUGUCCUGGUUGAGCGACCCGCCCAAACCGAUCGCGUCCAGCAGUGCGUGGGGAAGCCCGUUCGCCUGCCCGCAGGACCCACAGGACAAGCUGUCCCAGGUGCAGACGGGCCAGACCGGCCAGCACCUGUUCUCGUUUCCACCCACCCCGCCGAAGGACUCGACGCCCGACUCGGUGCAGACGGCACCGGCCGAGUAUCAGGCGACGAUCAACGCGUUCAUGCACCAGGCCCAGGUCGGCUCGAGCAAUGCGGUCGGCGGUGGUGGCGUGGGCGGAGGGGUCGGUGGUGGCGGUACCGGUCAGACGGCGGACAGCUGCGGGCUGGACGUGAAACCCUGCCUCACCGGGGGCAACGGAUCGAGCGGUAGUGGCGGUGGCGGAAGUGGCGGAGGCCAGAACCAACCAAAGCAGCGCGAAGGUACGGGCAACAGCGGGACGGUGGGCAACGGUAGCAGCGGUGGGCCCGGUAGCCAUACCAAUGGCGGUCAGCCGACCGGAAGUGGGCUCGGCGGUGUGCACGGCGGUGGCCAGAGUGGAGCGGGAGCCGUCGCCACCGCUGGCGGCCACAGUUCUGGCGGUGGCGGUGGGCUGUUCGAUGGGUCGGGCCAGUCGGCGUACGGGGGGUACGAUACGAGCGGGUACGGCUACCACCACCAGCAUGCCGCUGCCUCGUUCGGACAGUCUAACCCGCGCCCCGCCAUGAACAGCCCGCACAUGAAGCCGCAGCGGACGAAAGCGCGCACGAGUGCCGAGGGACGAGAGUGUGUCAACUGUGGUGCAACGUCGACGCCGCUGUGGCGACGGGACGGCACUGGCCACUAUCUGUGCAAUGCCUGCGGACUUUACUACAAAAUGAACGGCCAGAAUCGUCCACUGAUCAAACCGAAACGAAGACUGGUUAGCUCGCUUCAAAGUGCCGCCCGACGUGCGGGAACAUCGUGCGCCAACUGCAAAACGACCACCACCACCCUGUGGCGAAGGAAUCAGGGCGGCGAACCAGUUUGCAACGCUUGCGGGCUCUACUACAAGCUGCACAACGUAAAUCGACCGCUGACGAUGAAAAAGGAAGGCAUCCAGACGCGAAAUCGGAAGCUCUCGUCCAAAUCGAAGAAAAAGAAAGGAAUCCCUGGCUCGUGUCUUCCGCUCGGCGGUCACCUUGGAGAUCUGAUGAAGCCGCUCGACCAUAAACCCUCCUUCCCCGGUGCGUUCCCAGGUUCAAUGGGGCAACACAGCCACUUAUCGGGAGGAUUACACCCAGCACAUACGCACAUGCACGGUGGGUGGUAUACGACUGGCAUGGGAGCGCUCGGAACUUCCGGCGGACUGCAGAACGGAUUCGGCGGUGCUGGGUCGUUAGGUGGAGGAGUCGUCCCGCAUUCGCAAUCGUACCAUCUAGGACUUAAUUCAAUGAGCUGGCGUUCGGAGUACACGUGAUGGAGCACCGGUAACUUUAACACUAACCUGUUCGAGUUUAGCACCUCACCGAAACUCCAGCAGCAACACCAGCAACAGCACCAAUCGGCCCUU